UCGAAGAUUUUCCGGACAAAAAAAUCCCGUCGCCGUCGCGCUUGCCGCUCCUGCUGCUUAUCACCGACGGCCAUGGCUUCUGCCGUUCGCCUCCACUUAUCUUCCCUCAUCAUCCCCCACUCUCUCCUACCUCGUCUCAGCCUCCGUCUCCGCCCUCCUCCUCCUCCGUCCGCCUCCGGUCGCCUCCGUCGCCUCCCUUCGACACGUCCGUCCACUUCCCCCGCCGUCCGGCACGCGCCGCCGUCGCUGCCCGUUCGCGCGCAGGCCAAGCGAGGCUUCUCAUCCAAGGACGACGAUCUCGCUUCGGUUGAUGAUCUUCAAUUCGAGGCUCCGCUUAAGAUAGUGGAGUAUCCGGACCCUGUGCUGAGGGCGAAGAACAAGCGGAUUGGGACGUUUGACGACAAUUUGAAGAAGUUAGCGGACGAGAUGUUCGAUGUGAUGUACAAUACUGAUGGUAUUGGACUCUCGGCUCCCCAAGUAGGGAUUAAUGUCCAGCUCAUGGUGUUCAAUCCCGUCGGUGAACGCGGGGAGGGAGAGGAGAUUGUUCUUGUGAAUCCAAGAGUUAUUAAAUAUUCCAAAAAGACGGUGCCCUUUAAUGAAGGUUGCCUUUCGUUCCCUGGUAUUUAUGCUGACGUGCAGAGACCAGAAGCUGUGAAGAUUGAUGCUCUGGAUAUCAGUGGUGCAAGGUUUACUGUCAGCUUAUCUGGUCUUCCUGCAAGAGUUUUCCAGCAUGAAUUCGACCAUUUGCAAGGGAUUGUCUUCUCUGAUAGAAUGACUGAACAAGUACUUGACACGAUACGUGCAGAGCUGGAGGCCUUGGAGAAGAAGUAUGAGCAGAGGACAGGAUUGCCUAGUCCUGAACGGAUAGAGACACGUAGAAGGAGGGUAGCUGUUGGUUUUGGCAAGUCAUGAUUGUAUUAGGGGCGUUGAUACUCGGUUUUGCGGCACCAAGUUACUUUUGUUGGAAUGACAACUGAUUGUGAAACUUGCGACAAUGUUUUUGGGGCUAUUGCAGAAUGAAAGCUCAAAGGGAUAACUCUUGGGAGUUAUGUCCUGGAGGGGACUGAUUUAGAUAUUCCUUUUCAUUUGGAAGAGUGGGGAGAUGCACAGUGCAGAUAGCGGAGGAGCAGAAGUCAACAAGUUAGCAGGCAACAUGAAAUGAUGUCUUGGUUGUAGAUUUUCUUCAUGAUUGAGAGCAACAUGCAUGAGUUGUAAGUGAUUGAGAUUGCAAAGAUUUGUGUCCAGACUGGAUCUUUGGUUCUCAUCUUUUGAAUGUGCUUAUAUAAUCCUGAGAGGCAAGUGCCGGGUUGUCUCUCCGACUGAGUAUUUGGCUGGAAUAUUCAUCAUGGUUGGGAAUGAGACGCAUGAGUUGUAAAGGCUACACUUGUUUAUCACAGAACAUUUAUGAGAUUAAUUAUCUUCACUUCC